UCUCCAAUCGCAUUAAUUCGCGGUUUAACAGGUGUUCUCAAAAUGGACCUAAGCUUGUUUUCUACAAAGACGCUCUUGGAAAUGGCGCCUGAUCAUGAAGUGGAAGUUCGAACCCAGUAUAAGAUGCCGUGUGAUUUGAAUGUGGAUCAUCUAGGCCAGCCAACUUGGGAAUGUAUGAGCACCCGAUCGUUCACCACCGUAAUGAAAUACGCCCAAUAUCAGGCUGAAACAUUCAAACAUUCUUUGAAAGAAGAAGCAGAGAAAUUGCGUUCUGCUGGAGCAAAAUAUGCACAACAAGUUGCUGAGUCUGCUAGCAUGUUGAAGUUUGGUACAAAUGUUGAUCUCUCUGAUGACUCGAAAUGGAAAGCGCAAAUUCAAGAGCUUGCAAAAAUGCCUCCUUUUUGUCGUAUCAUAGCAGGUUGCAACAUGCUUUCUCACCUAGGUCAUACAGUACUUGGAAUGAAUACCACACAGUUGUACAUGAAGGUGCCAGGUUCUCGAACGCCCGCUCAUCAGGAAAAUAAUUGCUUCGCAUCAGUAAAUAUCAACGUAGGACCAGGUGACUGUGAAUGGUUUGGAUGCCCUUACGAAUAUUGGGGGGUUAUCGAGCGAAACCUCGAUUUUUUGAAAGGAUCUUUCUGGCCAAACUUUGAAGAUCUGAUCGAGGAAGGUGUUCCUGUUUAUAGAUUCACACAAAAGGCUGGUGAUCUGGUUUGGGUUGGAGGUGGCUGUGUUCAUUGGGUACAAGCCACCGGUUGGUGUAAUAAUAUCGCUUGGAAUGUUGGUCCUCUUACUGCUUCGCAAUUGCAAAUUUCCAUUUUCAGCUAUGAAUGGAAUAAGUUGCAGAGCUACAAGUCGCUCGUUCCAAUGCAACACUUAUGUUGGCAAUUAGCAAAGAACAUUCGCUUCACGAACCAGAAGGUGUUCAGUCUCAUCAGAGGCGAAUUGAUCAGAUCUCUAGCGUUUUGUAAAAUGGUUGCUGAUCUAUCCGUUUCGCGAGGAAAACAACUGAAGCCACAGCCACGUGCUAAAGGGGAGAUAACUCAUUACUGUACAUUGUGCGAGGUAAACACAUUUCUAUCCUUUUUUUUGGUGAAAUUUAGUACUGAAUUUUUUUCUAGGUUGAAGGCGGGCCUCGACGAUUUCAUUGUUCUUCAACAGAUGACUUUUCAUGAUCUCAGCAAAAUUUUCGAUAAUAUGCAGAUGAAUUUGAUACAAAAGCCUGCUCUUGUGUGUUGA